CCUCAUCCCCGCCCAUGCGAGGGGGCGGGGAAACGAAGAAGGGAGCGGGCGCUUUUGAAGCCGCCCGCGGGCAGCUGCCUCCCCGUGGCCAGGCAGACAAGUUCGGAGUAGGCGGUGAGGCCAUGAGCCGCAGCGGCGGAGAAGCGCCAGGGAAGCUCCUGAGGGCGCAGGCCUUCCGCUUACCCGGCCGCCACGGCUACGCAGUAGAGUUUUCGCCGUACCUGCCGGGGCGUUUGGCCUGCGCUACCUCGCAGUACUACGGGAUUGCAGGUUGUGGAACUCUAGUAGUGUUGGAACAAAAUGAAGCUGGACUUCAUCUUUUCAGGAGUUUUGACUGGAAUGAUGGGCUAUUUGAUGUGACGUGGAGUGAAAACAAUGAACAUGUGCUGGUCACUUCCAGUGGAGAUGGAUCUUUACAAAUAUGGGAUACAGAAAAACCUGCAGGUCCACUGCAGGUCCACAAAGAACACACUCAAGAGGUCUAUAGUGUUGACUGGAGUCAGACCAGAGGAGAACAGCUAAUAAUAUCUGGAUCAUGGGAUCGAACAGCCAAGUUGUGGGAUCCUGAAGUGGGACGGCCAUUGCGCACGUUCAGAGGCCAUGAGGGUGUCAUUUAUAGCACCAUAUGGUCUCCACAUGUCCCUGGCUGCUUUGCCUCUACCUCAGGCGACCAAACUCUAAGGAUUUGGGAUGCAAAGUCACCAGGAUUGCCAGUGAUAAUUCCUGCUCACCAAGCUGAGGUUUUAAGUUGUGAUUGGUGCAAAUAUGAUCAGAACUUGCUUGUAACAGGUGCUGUUGACUGCAGUUUGAAAGGCUGGGACUUGAGAAAUAUCCGGCAACCUAUAUUCAAUCUGUUUGGGCAUACAUAUGCAAUAAGAAGAGUGAAAUUUUCACCAUUUCACCCCACUGUAUUGGCUUCUUGUUCCUACGAUUUCACUGUGAGAUUUUGGGAUUUCUCCAAGCCUGAUGACCCUCUGCUUGAAACAAUGGAACAUCAUACAGAGUUUACUUGUGGCCUAGAUUUAAGCUUGCACUAUUCAGGCCAGGUGGCAGACUGCGCUUGGGAUGAAACUGUGAAGAUCUAUUAUCCGUCUUCAUUGGUAGUUCCUGCAUAGAAAGAUUUCUCAAUAGCGAAAGACUGAUUUAGAAGAAAUUAUUUUUAUUUUUCUUGGGCAACACAGAACCACCAUGAUUGCCUUACUAACAAUGCUAGGUUUUAAAAUGAGCUUUGAAUCAAACAUGUGAUUAAGGACAGAUUCAUGUAACUUCUUGCACAAAACCGGGACUGAAUCAACAAAAUGAUCACAUACUGUGCAUUGAGUAUACAAUAAUUAUGUAAAUUAUAAGCUGGCAACCUAGUAACCUCCAAAUGUUUUGGUCUAAAGCUCUUAACAGUCCCAGAUAGCAUGACUACUGUCAAGAGAUAGUGGAAAUUGUAUUCCAAGACAUCUGGAGGGCACUAUAACACUAUUCCUGUUGUAAAUAUUAGGUAAUUAGAACUGUCUUAUAUCUAGAAGAGUUAAAAAUGUAAAUUUCAUUGCAAUUUGAGUAUUCCCACUGUUUGAACGUAGAAUUUAUCAUACCACAAUGUAUCACCAUUGAACUGAGUUCAUUAUGGAAAUACUUUGCAAGUAAUACUGCAUUAUAAUAUGGCACAUAGUUCAUACAGUUAAUGGCUAUAUAAUCUGAGUUUUAUCCUCCUUUUUGUCUCUGAGACAAAUACUACAGUCAUUUUUUUGACUGAAUUUAUUAUAUUUUUGGAUUCCGUUAUUUUGAAUUAAACUAUGAUUGAACUAAGGUUACCAAUUUCUGAAGGAUAAUAUGAACAGGACCUUAAGAGCAGAAUCCAGAGAAACCAGAAGGCAGGGUCGAAAUGCCUAAGGCAGAAAACAGUAGUGCCACUGAAAUGCUUAUCCAAACUGUAUAGUUACUUUCUGUGCUUAGCAUUUACUUGCUACAAAGUAAUCCAUCUUUAUAUGAUGUUAAACACUGUGCAUAUUUACUUAUGAGAAUAAUUAAAACUAAGACUUAUUUGUUUCAAAA